AAGGGCCAAGGGCUUGGGAGCGGCGCUUCCUCCGCCGUCCGGGCUCCGGGCUGCGCCGCAGCGGCAGCUCGCUCUUCCUGCCCGACGAGGCCGGCUCCUCCGCGCCGCCCGUGGGCGUGCCCCCAAGAAAGGCCGCUGCCGCUGUGGAUACUUUUUCUGUUGAAGAAUGUAAGAUGGAUCCAGAAGAGCAGGAGCUGUUAAAUGAUUACCGAUACAAAAAUUACUCUUCGGUGAUUGAAAAGGCUUUAAGGAAUUUUGAGUCCUCCAGUGAAUGGGCGGAUCUUAUCUCUUCCCUGGGCAAGCUCAACAAGGCGCUGCAGAGCAACCUGAGGUACUCCUUGCUGCCACGGCGGCGCGUCAUCAGCAAGAGGCUGGCCCAGUGCCUGCACCCCGCCCUGCCCAGUGGCGUGCACCUGAAAGCCCUGGAAACCUACGAGAUCAUCUUUAAAAUUGUGGGGACCAAAUGGCUGGCCAAGGACUUGUUCCUGUACAGCUGCGGGCUGUUUCCCCUGCUGGCGCACGCGGCCAUGUCGGUGAGGCCUGUGCUGCUUGGCCUGUAUGAGAAGUACUUCCUCCCGCUGCAGAAGCUGCUCCUGCCCAGCCUCCAGGCCUUCAUCAUCGGCCUGCUGCCAGGCCUGGAGGAGGGCUCGGAGAUCUAUGACAGGACGGACGCCCUGCUCCUGAGACUGUCCCUGGUGGUCGGCAGGGAGGUGUUCUAUGCCGCCCUGUGGGGGGGCGUCCUGGCCAGCCCGUCCGUCCGCCUCCCCGCCUCGCUCUUCGUGGUGAGCCACAUCAGCAGGGACGCGUCCGGCAAGGAGCAGAAGUGCAUGCUGGGCACCGACCACCAGCUCACGGUAAAGGCUUUGUGCGCAUCGCUGUUAGACUCCAAUGUUCUGGUGCAGAGAAAUAACCUGGAAAUCGUUCUCUUCUUCUUCCCAUUCUACACCUGUCUGGACCCCGGGGAGAGAGCCAUCCCCCUGCGCAGAGCGGACCUCGUGCGGAUUCUCUCCGCCGCCACCCAGACGCUGCUCAGGAGAGACAUGUCUCUGAACAGGAGGCUUUACGCGUGGUUGCUAGGUUCGGACAUCAAAGGAAAUACCGUCGUGCCGGAAUCGGAACUCUCGAAUUCUUACGAAGACCAGUCCUCAUAUUUUUUUGAAAAAUAUUCUAAGGAUCUUUUAGUUGAGGGCCUGGCCGAGCUGUUGCACCAGGAGUUCUCGGACGCCGACGUAGAAGAGCGCCAUGCUGCGUACCUGAGGCCCUUCCGCAUCCUCAUCAGUCUGCUGGACAAGCCAGAAAUAGGACCGCAGGUGGUUGGGAGCCUGUUUCUGGAAGUCAUCCGGGCCUUCUAUUCCUACUGCAAAGACGCUCUGGGCGCCGACCUUCAGCCUCGCUACACGCAGAGCGGGAACGCGUUGACCAGCGCCAUAAAGGAAAACAGGAACGCCUCCGAGACGGUGAAAACGGUGAACCUGCUGAUCACGUCCCUCAGCUCAGACUUUCUCUGGGAUUACCUGACCAGGUGUUUCGAGGAUUGCUUCCGGCCAGCGAAGCGGGGUCCCGCCGCCGGGAGCAGCGUCAGCCCACCCCCGACGGUCUCGGAGCUGUGCACCCUCCUCGCGUUCCUGCUGGACGUCAUCCCCUUGGAGCUCUACUCCGAGGUGCAAACCCAGCACCUCCCGCAGGUGCUCGCCUGCCUGGUGCAGCUGCUGGCUGAGGACGCGGAGGCUUUGAGCUUGGCUGAGCUCACGCUCGCCCUGAAGACGUGCUUCAAGGUGCUCAGCAAGGUCCAGAUGCCGCCCUCCUACCUGGACGCAGAGCCCCCCAGCGGAAACGUGAGUCCAGGAAAGGGCGACAACAGUGAAGUAAUUUUAGACACAACGGCAGUGAUCCCGGGUGACGAGGAUGCGCCGUUUCCUGCACUGAAAUCUGAAGACAGUGGCAUCGGGCUCAGCGCAUCGUCGCCAGAACUCGCUGAGCACUUGCGGGUCCCCGGGGUCUCUCCCGAAAAAGACGACGUUUGGAAAAUGGGCGGGAGUAUGCAGAGAACGUUUUUCUGCAUCCAGGAACUCAUUGCCAACUUUGUGCACAAGAACAUCAUCGGGGCACAGCCAACGGCAUCCGGAGCGGCCAGCAAGGCUGGAGAGCCUGUGGGCCAGCGGGAUGAGGGUGGGCCGCAUGGCCCAGAGCCCAGCCACCGCGGCCGGAAGAACUCGUGGGAGGCCAGGUCCAUCAACAUGCCCCAGUUUAAGCAGAUGCUCUCAGACUGGUUCACAGUUCGAGGGUCUCCAUUUAAGACCAAAAGUGCGGAACUUCUCCAACCUUUGCCCGGCAGCCCUGGCCAAGCGAAGGAGGGAGACUGGGCCAUAGACCAGGUGGUCACGAACCUGGGGACCUCCAGGGAGGGCUGCAGAGAGGCUUUUGCCGCUGCCUGCCACCUGCUGCUGGACUGUGCCACCUUCCCCGUCUACUUGUCCGCAGAGGAGACCGAGCGGCUCUGCGACACACUCUUCCAGCUCCCUGGAGCCGGCGGCGCCGCCUUCCCGUCCUGGCUGAAGUCCCUCAUGGCCGUCGGCUGCUGCGGGGCUGACCUUGAGCUCCAGCAUGUGGCCAUCUCCACCCUGCUGGAGGUGGUCAGCCACUCCCAGUCCCUGGCGCUGGUCAUCGAGGACAAGAUGAAACGCUAUAAAAGCUCUGGGUACAGCCCAUUCUUUGGCAAGCUCCAGAUGGUGACGGUGCCGCCCAUUGCGCCAGGAGUCCUGAAGGUCAUUGCUGAGAAAACAGACUUCUAUCAGAGGGUGGCUCGGGUGCUGUGGAGCCAGCUGAACGAGGAGACCCGGGAGCAUCAUGUCACCUGUGUGGAGCUCUUCUACCGGCUGCACUGCCUGGCCCCGACGGCCAGCAUCUGCGAGGACAUCAUCUGCCACGCCCUGCUGGACCCCGACAAGGGAACCAGACUGGAGGCUCUGUUUAGGUUUUCCGUUCUCUGGCACCUGACGCGGGAGAUCCAAGGCAGUCGAGUGGCAUCGCACAACCGCUCCUUCGACAGGUCCCUGUUCGUGGUGCUGGACAGCCUGACCUGCACAGACGGCGCCAUCGGCGCAGCAGCGCAGGGCUGGCUGGUGCGGGCGCUGUCCCUGGGCGACGUGGCGCGCAUCCUCGAGCCGGUGCUCCUGCUCCUCCUGCAGCCCAAGACCCAGAGGACCUCCAUCCACUGCCUCAAGCAGGGGAGCGUGGCGGAGGACUUGCACCGUUGGUUUAACAGGAAGAACUCUUUCAAAGAGGCGUGCGGGGCAGCUGAGCCCCAGGAAGGCAGCCCCGAGGACAGCGUGCCCCUGAGCCAGUUUACCACCGUGGACCGCGAGGCCAUCUGGGCCGAGGUGGAGAGGGAGCCCGAGGCGCGCCCGCCAGGAACCCUGCUGGGGGAGGAUGGCCUUCCCGACGAUGCGGACCUGCUGGACGGGCCAGCCCGUGACGCCCCCGACAGCAGCGAGCACACCGAGUCUGCAGACACGAGCUCUGGCCACACGGACAGCGAGAACACGUCCUCUUUGUCCUCCCCUUCCCAUGACCCGCAGGAGCUGAGCAACGGCGAGGGCUGCUGCGCGCCCAUCCCCGCGGGCAGCCGGGCACCCCCCGGGCGCUCGGCCUUGCUGGCGGCCUUCCAGGCGGACAGCUUCAAGUCCAGCGCCAAGUUAAGCCUGGUGCGCGUGGACUCGGACAAGACGCAGGCGUCGGAGUCGCUCUCCAGCGACGACGAGGCCGACGUAGAGCUCCAGGCCCUCACCACAUCCAGGCUUCUGAAGCAGCAGCAGGAGCGGCGGGAGACACUCGGGGCCUUGUUCAAGCACAUCCUGCUCUACCUGCAGCCUUACGACUCCCGGCGCGUCCUCUACGCCUUCUCGGUGCUGGAGGCCGUGCUCAAGGCCAACCCCAAGGAGUUCGUUGAGGCCGUGUCCAGGACCAGCAUGGACACCAGCUCCACCGCGCACCUCAACCUCAUCUCCAACCUCCUGGCGCGGCACCAGGAGGCCCUCGUGGGCCAGAGCUUCUACGGAAAACUCCAGACCCCGUCCCCCAACGUGUGCCCCCACUCCCUGCUGAUCGAGCUCCUCACCUACCUGUGCCUGAGCUUCCUGCGCAGCUACUACCCUUGCUACCUAAAGGUCUCCCACCGAGACCUGCUGGGCAACCGGGACGUCCAGGUCAAAAGCGUGGAGGUCCUGAUAAGAAUCAUGACGCAGCUGGUCUCGGUGGCCAAGUCUGCCGAAGGGAAGAACAUGGAGUCCAUCCGCAGCCUGCUGCAGAGGUGCAGGGUGCAGGAGUUCGUCCUGCUCUCCCUGUCGGCAUCCAUGCACACAAGCCAGAAGCGCUAUGGCCUGGCCACCACGGAGCACGGCCGGGCCCCACAGGAAGACAGCCUCUUUGAGGAGAGUCUCAUCAACUUGGGCCAGGACCCAACCUGGAGCGAGCACCCCCUGCAGAUCGAGCUGUUGAAGCUCCUGCAGGUGCUUGUCGUCUUGGAGCAUCACCUGGGCCAGGUCCCCGAGGAGGCCGAGAACCAGCCAGACCUGUCCCGGGAGUGGCGGCGGGCCGUGAGCUUCCAGCAGGCCAUCAGUGCCCUGCAGUAUGUGCAGCCCCACCCCCUGACCUCGCAGGGCCUGCUGGUGGCUGCCGUGGUGCGAGGGCUGCAGCCGGCCUACGGCUACGGCAUGCACCCGGCCUGGGUGAGCCUGGUCACGCACUCCUUGCCAUACUUCGGCAAGUCCCUGGGCUGGACGGUGACACCCUUCGUUGUCCAGAUUUGCAAGAACUUGGAUGAGCUGGUCAAACAGUAUGAGAGUGAAACUGUGAAGCCCUCUGUCAGCAUAACCUCCAAGAGGGAAAACAUUUCUCCGGAUUAUCCGCUCACUCUUUUGGAAGGGCUGACAACCAUUAGUCAUUUUUGUCUUUUGGAACAAACCAACCAAAAUAAAAAGACCACAGCUGGGAGCGAUCCCGCCGAUCUGAAGAACGCCAGGAACGCCAUCCUGGAGGAGCUGCCUCGAGUCGUUAACACCAUGGCCCUUCUCUGGAAUGUUCUCAGAAAGGAGACGCAGAAGAGACCCCUGGAUCUCUUUGGAGCCAUGAAGGGGUCCUCUUCUGUUUACUUUAAAACCACCAAGACCAUACGACAAAAAAUUUUAGACUUCCUGAACCCCCUGGCGGCCCAUCUUGGAGUUCAGCUAAUAGCCGCUGUCGCGGCAGUGUGGAGCAGGAAGAAGGCUAAACGUCACAGCAAGACCAAGAUAGUCCCGGUGGCGAGCGCAUCCCAGCUGACCCUCAUUGACCUGGUUUGUGCGCUCAGCGCCCUGCAGACAGACACGGUGCUGCACCUGGUGAAGGAGGUGGUGAAGAGGCCGCCGCAGAUCCGGGGGGACCAGAAGCUGCCGCUCGUGGAUAUCCCUGUGCUGCAGUUCUGCUCUGUUUUCAUCCAGAGGCUCCCAGUAACAGCCCUGCAAGAGAACUUCCCCUCGCUGCUGGGCGUGCUGAAGGAGUCCGUGCAGCUGAACCUGGCUCCCCCCGGAUACUUCCUGCUCCUCAGCAUGCUGAACGACUUUGUGGCGCGAACUCCCAACCUGGAAAGCAAAAAGGAUCAGAAGGACCUGCAGGAAGUCACUCAAAAAAUCCUGGAAGCCGUGGCGAACAUCGCUGGCUCAUCCUUGGAGCAGACCAGCUGGCUGAGCAGGAACCUGGAGGUGAAGGCGCAGCCUCAGGUCUCUCUGGACGAAUCGGAUGCCGAGGACGAUUUGUGCGAUGCAGCCGCUGCAGCUUCGACCAUGGUGUCCGCAUCCGCCCCUUCGGUGUACAGCGUGCAGGCCCUCUCCCUCCUGGCAGAGGUUCUGGCCUCUCUCCUGGACAUGGUCUACCGAAGCGACGAGAAGGAGAAAGCUGUGCCUUUGAUCUCCCGUCUGCUUUACUAUGUGUUUCCUUACUUACGCAACCACAGCGCCUACAACGCUCCCAGCUUCCGGGCCAGCGCCCAGCUGCUGAGCUCGCUGAGCGGCUACGCCUACACGAAACGAGCCUGGAAGAAAGAAGUGCUGGACUUGUUUCUGGACCCUGCGUUCUUUCAGAUGGACACGUCUUGCGUGCAUUGGAAGUCCAUUAUUGACCAUCUUCUGACUCAUGAGAAAACAAUGUUUAAAGAUUUAAUGAACAUGCAGAGCAGUUCCUUAAAGCUGUUCUCAAGUUUUGAGCAGAAAGCCAUGCUGCUGAAGCGCCAGGCUUUCGCCGUCUUCAGCGGCGAGCCCGAUCAGUACCACCCUUGCCUCCCUCUGAUACAAGAACGCCUGACAGACAAUCUCAGAGUUGGACAGACAUCCCUAGUUGCUGCUCAGAUGUUUCUUUUUUUCAGAGUUUUGCUGCUAAGAAUAUCUCCCCAGCAUUUGACUUCAUUGUGGCCAAUAAUGGUCUCUGAAUUAAUUCAGACACUCAUACAGCUGGAGGAAGACCUGAAAGAGGACGAUGAGUCGCUGAGAAACAGCAACAAAAUCAACCGAAUGAAAGUUUUAGUCCCUGAUGCAAAUGGGCCAGGGGAGAUGCCCCAGAGUGAACUCGUCUUAUAUUUAUCCGCUUGCAAAUUCUUGGACACAGCGCUUUCUUUUCCACCAGACAAGAUGCCAUUAUUUCAAAUUUACCGGUGGGCGUUUGUCCCGGAAGUGGACACGCAGGGCGCUGCGGCCCUGCCUGACCUGGAGGACGGCCACGGAGAAUGCAGGCCCCACACGGUCCGGAUUCUAGAACUUCUGAAAUUGAAAUACGGGGACACUGGCAGCUCUGACGAGGUCCCCGUGAGAAAGGACUUCCCGCUCCUGCGCCAGCGCUCUGUGUCCAGCGUGAGGCAGUUGAUGCCAUUCUUCGAGACCCUCAGCUGUGCUUUUAAAACCCAAGGCACACGGCCCACUGACGCCCGGGCACCUCCGUCCCUCGAGUUUCCUGUCACAGACAGUCCAAGGGUCUUGAAGCAACUGGAGGAAUGUAUUGAAUAUGAUUUCUUGGAACACCUGGAAUGUUAACCGUCUGAGACAAUGUGUGUAGUUCAUUUACUGAUACUUCAGCGGAAACCAGAAUGUAUUCUAAACAAGAGGAAAGCCUGGGUAGGCUUCUAAAGACAAAGCCUAUUUCAGUUUUGAAAGCAGAUUUUGGAUAAUUUUUCGUUGGGCAACAAAGCAUACCUCCCUAAAUGCCUUGUAAUAUAGUUGAAUCGAACUAUAUGUUUCUUCCUCAAUUUAUGUAAAGAAAAUAAAGAUAAUAUAUCAUCUAACAAUAGCACAAAAUUUGUAAGUUGAAGUCAAGUACGAAGAGAACGAAGAGCUGGUUCCUUUGUUGAUGCUGAUACUGGGUCUGUCUCAGUACAUUUCUCUAAAUUUUUAACUGGUUGAAUAUUAUUUUUAACGUUUCACACAUAUGUCCUUUCAAGUGUUUAUUUUAAUACUACAUUUUAGAACUGAAAUAUAUUUUCUGAAAACAGUAAUUGCCCGUGACAAUGGACUGUUAAG